AUGCCUCCCAAGAAAGCUCCCGCUGCCGCCAAGGAGAACGUCACUCUCGGCCCUCUGGCCGGUGAUGGCAAGCUCGUCUUCGGCGUUGCCCGUAUCUUCGCCUCCUUCAACGAUACCUUCGUUCACGUUACCGAUCUCUCCGGUCGCGAAACCAUCUGCCGUGUCACCGGUGGUAUGAAGGUCAAGGCUGACCGUGACGAGUCCUCCCCCUACGCUGCCAUGUUGGCCGCCCAGGACGUUGCUACCCGCUGCAAGGAGCUCGGCAUCAACGCUCUGCACAUCAAGAUCCGUGCCACUGGUGGUAACGGCACCAAGACCCCCGGUCCCGGUGCCCAGUCCGCUCUCCGUGCUCUCGCCCGUUCCGGCAUGAGAAUCGGCAGAAUCGAGGACGUUACCCCCACUCCCUCCGACUCUACCCGUCGCAAGGGUGGUCGCCGUGGUCGUCGUCUGUAG